AUGGCGGGGGCUCUGGUGCAAUCUACCAGCUUUCCUUCACUUUCCAGUGAAAGCGGGAUCCAUUCAAAGAGAUCUGGAAAUGCAAAAAGACCAGUCAAAAUGAUGUGUAGCUUACAAUCUCCUCCAAUGAGGGUGAGGACUUUCUCUGGUUUACAUGGAGUCAACGCAUUAGACAACAUGGUCAACAGAAGCCAUGAUUUCCACUCAAAGGUAGCAGUAGCCACCUCUGUUAGGAGAGGAAAAGGAAAGGCUUCAAGAAUCGUGCCAAAGGCCAUGUUUGAACGCUUUACAGAAAAAGCUAUCAAAGUUAUUAUGCUUGCACAAGAGGAGGCAAGACGCCUUGGUCAUAAUUUUGUAGGCACAGAGCAGAUUUUAUUAGGUCUUAUUGGUGAGGGCACUGGUAUAGCAGCAAAGGUUUUGAAGUCAAUGGGAAUUAAUUUAAAAGAUGCACGUGCUGAAGUAGAAAAAAUUAUUGGUAGAGGUAGUGGAUUUGUUGCUGUUGAGAUUCCAUUUACACCUCGUGCAAAGCGUGUUCUUGAACUAUCCCUAGAGGAGGCCCGACAACUAGGUCAUAAUUAUAUUGGAUCAGAGCACUUGCUUCUUGGUUUGCUUCGUGAAGGUGAAGGUGUAGCAGCUCGUGUUCUUGAGAAUUUAGGUGCUGACCCAAAUAACAUUCGCACACAGGUGAUUAGAAUGGUUGGGGAGAGUGCAGAAGCUGUGGGUGCUGGAGUUGGUGGUGGAAGCUCUGGAAACAAGAUGCCAACUCUAGAGGAAUAUGGUACCAAUUUGACAAAGCUAGCAGAAGAGGGUAAGUUGGAUCCUGUUGUUGGAAGGCAGCCACAAAUUGAAAGAGUUACUCAAAUUCUGGGAAGACGUACAAAAAACAAUCCCUGCCUCAUUGGAGAACCUGGUGUUGGAAAGACUGCUAUUGCAGAAGGUCUUGCCCAAAGAAUUGCAAAUGGGGAUGUUCCAGAAACACUUGAGGGGGGAAGAAGGUGA